UGUGUUAAAUUUAUGUACUGUUGGUGUGUUUUUACUGUUGUAACAGGAAAAGCAUUCUGACUUCUUUUAAAAUGAGCAAUCAUAUGUAUAAUCAACUUGGUUAAAACUUCCUUCCUGGUAAGUGCAGCACUUCCUUUGCAUCUGGGUAUGAGACCGAGCAAGAAAAGCAGAACAGCUUAAACAAAGAAAUCUUUUGUGUGAAUGAUCUUCCUUUAAAAAAUAGGAACUACAAAAAUUAAACAAAUGAAUACUCUUCAACGAUUCAGCCUUGGUUUUAUAAGCAGAUUUCUUCUGGCAUGGAGUUGGGGGAUCAUGAACAGCCCGUUGUUAUGAGAGACGAAAACAAACGAAGGAGAAGAAGAAUGAAACCUCAUUGUACAUCGAGUAGUUUUUCAUCCAUGGAACUGAUACCCAUUGAGUUCAUUUUACCUACAAGCAAUAAACAUACGAAAGCACCAGAAAUGAUGUUACUUGAAAUAGCUGGCAACUGUACGGUGGAGCAAAUGAAGGCACAGGUUUGGAUGCGUGCAAUAGAGACGAGUCAAACCACAGACUUCUACCACGCAUUCACCCCAGAUCAGUUUAUUCUGCAGUAUCAGAAGAAAGGGCAAUGGUAUGAAAUUUAUGAUAAACAUCAAGUGCUACAGACAUUGGACUGCAUACUGUACUGGAAGGUGUUACAGAAGAAGGUAGGCAAGAUCUAUGUUGUCCAGAAACAAAAACCAUCAGAAGAAGUUCAGGAAUUUCAGCGGCAACUCAAUGAUUUGAUUGGUUAUGAUGUCACUGAUGUAAGCAAUGUACAUGAUGAUGAACUAGAAUUUACCCGGCGCAGAUUAGUCACUCCACGAAUGAUAGAGGUGGCCUGCAGAGAUCCUAAAUUAUAUGCAAUGCACCCAUGGACUACAUCUAAGCCACUCCCAGAAUAUUUAUUUAAAAAGAUCACUAAUAAUAAUAUUUUCAUAGUCAUACACAGAGGAACGACUAGUCAGAAAAUUAAAGUGUCAAUAGAUGACACUCCAGAUAUGAUCCUCCAGAGCUUUUUCACAAAAAUGGCAAAGAAAAAGUCUCUGAUGGACAUUCCUGAAGAUCACAGUGAACUGGAUUUUGUUCUCAGGAUUUGUGGCAGAGAUGAGUACAUUACUGGAGAGACACCAAUCAAAGAUUUUCACUGGAUAAGACAGUGCCUUAAAAAUGGGGAAGAAAUCCACCUUGUCCUCGACAAUCCCCCAGACCCAAAUGAAGAUGAAGUUCAGAAGGAAGAGUGGCCCUUGGUGGAUGACUGUACAGGAGUUACAGGAUAUCAUGAACAAUUGACAAUAGAUGGAAAAGAUCAUGAAAGAGUCUUCACUAUCUCCUUGUGGGAUUGUAAUAGGAAAUUUAGAGUGAAAAUAAUUGGCAUUGAUAUCCCAGUUUUACCAAGAAAUACUGAUCUUACUGUGUUUGUAGAGGCUAACAUUCAACAUGGGCAGCAGCUCCUUUCACAGAGAAGAACUUCGUCAAAGCCCUUUACUGAGGAGGUUCUGUGGAAUAUUUGGUUGGAGUUUGAUAUCAAAAUCAAGGAUUUGCCUAAAGGAGCACUCCUGAAUCUUCAGAUAUACUGUGGCAAAGCACAGGGACCAUCUGCAAAGACAAACCUUCAGUCACAUGAAUCCUCCAACUCUGAUGCAAAAUACAAAACCCAGCUUCUCUAUUAUGUAAAUCUUUUGUUGAUAGAUCACCGUUUCUUGCUACGAUGUGGGGAGUAUGUGCUCCACAUGUGGAAAAUUCCAGGUAAGGGGGAAGAACAAGGAAGUAUAAAUGCAGACAAACUCACAUCAGCAACUAACCCAGAUAAAGAAAACUCAAUGGCUAUCUCUAUUGUGCUGGACAAAUACUGUCACCCGAUUGCCUUGCCCAAGCACAGGAUAUCAUCAGACCCCCAGGGGGACAGGACCCGAGCUGAAAUGCCCAACCAGCUCCGCAAGCAACUUGAAGAGAUCAUAGCAACUGACCCACUUAAUCCACUUUCUCCGGAGGACAAAGAACUGUUGUGGCACUUUAGAUAUGAGAGCAUAAAGCACCCCAAGGCAUAUCCUAAGCUGCUUAGCUCUGUGAAAUGGGGACAACAAGAAAUAGUGGCCAAAACAUACCAGUUGCUAGCUAAAAAAGAGGCUUGGGAUCAGAGCACUUUAGAUGUUGGACUCACAAUGCAACUUCUAGACUGUAACUUUUCAGAUGAAAAUGUCCGAGCAAUGGCAGUUCAAAAACUGGAAAGUUUAGAAGAUGAUGAUGUUCUUCAUUAUCUUUUACAGCUUGUGCAGGCUGUGAAAUUUGAGCCAUAUCAUGACAGCGCACUAGCCAGAUUUUUGCUGAAACGUGGUUUGAGAAACAAAAGAAUUGGUCACUUCUUGUUUUGGUUCUUAAGAAGCGAAAUUGCCCAGUCCAUGCACUACCAACAGAGGUUUGCAGUCAUCCUUGAAGCCUACCUUAGGGGCUGUGGAAAAGCCAUGCUGCACGAUUUCAUGAAGCAGGUUCAAGUAAUUGAAUUGCUGCAUAAAGUCACAAUGGAGAUUAAAUCAGUUUCUGCAGAAAAGUAUGAUGUUACUUCUCAAGUUAUUGCACAGCUGAGACAAAAACUUGAAAAAUUACAGGGCAGCAAACUUCCAGAAAGUUUUAGAGUUCCAUAUGAUCCUGGGCUAAGAGCAGGAGCACUAGUGAUAGAAAAAUGUAAAGUAAUGGCAUCCAAGAAGAAACCCCUCUGGCUUGAAUUUAAAUGUGCAGAUCCAACAGCUCUGUCAAAUGAAACCAUAGGCAUCAUCUUCAAACAUGGAGAUGACCUCCGUCAGGACAUGCUAAUUUUACAGAUUCUUCGAAUUAUGGAAUCCAUUUGGGAAGCAGAAUCCUUGGAUCUCUGUUUGUUGCCAUAUGGUUGCAUUUCUACAGGGAACAAAAUAGGAAUGAUCGAAAUUGUGAAAGAUGCUACAACAAUUGCCAAAAUUCAACAGAGUACAGUUGGGAACACUGGUGCAUUUAAGGAUGAAAUAUUAAACCAGUGGCUCAAGGAAAGAUGCAUGAUUGAAGAGAAGUUUCAGGCAGCUGUGGAAAGAUUUGUUUAUUCUUGUGCUGGAUACUGUGUGGCAACCUUUGUACUUGGAAUAGGAGACAGGCACAACGACAACAUCAUGAUUACAGAAACAGGUAACCUUUUCCAUAUUGAUUUUGGCCAUAUUCUUGGGAAUUAUAAAAGCUUCCUUGGAAUUAAUAAGGAGAGAGUUCCUUUUGUGCUGACUCCAGAUUUUCUGUAUGUCAUGGGAACUUCCGGAAAGAAGACAAGUCUCCAUUUCCACAAAUUUCAGGAUGUAUGUGUGAAGGCUUAUUUAGCUCUCCGACACCACACCAACCUGCUGAUCAUCCUGUUCUCCAUGAUGCUGAUGACUGGAAUGCCCCAAUUAACCAGCAAAGAGGAUAUUGAAUAUAUCAGGGAAGCACUGACAGUAGGGAAAAGUGAAGAGGAUGCCAAAAAGCAUUUUCUUGAUCAGAUAGAGGUUUGCAGAGAUAAGGGCUGGACAGUGCAAUUUAACUGGUUUUUGCAUCUUGUGCUUGGAAUCAAACAAGGAGUAGAAAAGCAUUCUGCUUAAUAUUUUAUGUAAAUUAACUGUGGGUGUGAAUAGGAGGUUAGUGAACCUACACGUUAUUUCUGAAUUAUGAAUAAAUGAGCAAUCAAAAUUG